GUCAGUGUCAGCAGCGCAGCAGCUUGACAUCAACUACUUGGUUCUCUCUAACAUGCGCCAUUGUCAACCUGAGGAUGCGUCAUCUUGUGUACGUAAGCAAGCUCAGCUUGAAGGCUUCGUUUGCCCUGCCUAGCACGUCUGCAUUGGUCGAUUUGAGACAGCGCCGGCUAAAGCGCCUGACAGUGAUAGCCUGCGAGCAACACUCCAAAAGCAAUCAGGCAAGGCACUCAAGGGGCAGGAUAUGUAAUGCUGCUAUUUGACAGCUGUAUCACUGCCCGCUUCCUAGUGCAUCGAAGUCUUGCAGUAGCCAGCAAGGAAACCUUCUUCGUUCCAAAAUGCCAAGAAAGUGUUCAAGGGGCACUUCAUGUGGGGGAGGGAAUCAACCAAACCGGAUGCCAGUGGUUCAAGUGUGCUUGCAUUGCCAGGCUCUCAGUCUCAAAAACUUCCAGCGGGUAACCGUUUGACGGUAUUUGAUAGCAGCGGCAAGGGACGCCUACUUCCAGACAGGCCUUCCCCGAGACAGAACAUGGUCGGGAUAUGGGGUGCCGCAGAAAGCAGCCUCGGUAUGUCUGUCUUCCCAAAGGCCAGAGUGGGGGAAGGAAAACUGUUCAAGAAGGAUGGCGGCAGCAUACGGGUGCAGAACGGAGAGUUUGUCAGACAAGAAGUCUCAAGGGAAGGUUCUCUUAACCAGGCAGCCAACCCUCCAAUCACUGAGAAGAAAACCCUUCUGUCGCUUAUGCGAAAGGAAGACCCGCUUGUUAUGUGUCCGCUCUGCGGGCCAGUCUUUCACAAGAACGCGUUGGAAAGCCACAGGAGGGGAAAGAAGCACAAGAGGGUCUUGGAGCGCUGCACGGAGGCAGAGGGGAACGGAGAGAGUAGGGUCGUGUGCUAUGUGUGCAUGAAACCUUUUGGGACCCCCAAUGCUUUGCGGCAGCACCAGCUUGAGUCGGUCAAGCAUAAGGAGUUGUACUAUGAAUUGGGAGUGGCCAAUCUGGGGGUGCCACCUGGCGUGAAGCGGAAGCGGGACGAGGGGACAACAUCUCCUGGGGUUAGCCGGGACGGGGCACCAAACGGCAGGGGAUGGCAGGGAGAGGGAACCCCCCAGGAGGAGGCGCCCAGCCCGGCCAGUCCGGAAGCGCCACCUGGCAAGAGAAGGAGGCAGCAGGGAGGCAGGGAGGAUUGGGAGGAGGAGCAAGAGGCGGCAGAGUUCGAGCGGAAGAGGCAGAAGAGGGCGGAGCGGUUUGGAGGUGAUGCUUUGGGGGGUUCACGGGAAGCACCGGCGCUGGAUCGGGGCAUCACCUUCAAUCCUCCGGCAGAGAGGCCUGCAACCAGGAUUGAGUGGGAGCGGUUGGUGGCAGGUGAUGGGGAAUCGGGGACUUCAGCGAAAGCAUCAGCUCGCUGGAGAAAGGCAGGUUCAGAUCAGAAGGGUUCGCUGAACCUCUCCGCCGAAAUGCCCCCCACUGUUUACCCAGACACAGACCUGCAGGGCCGUCCAUCGGCGAGAGAUGCCGAAGCACAGGGGCUGCGAGGACAGUCUUCGCCGGAGGAUGUGAUGUCGGUGAGACUGCCAAGGGGCUUCGAAGGAGAAGAUUCUUUCCGCCGGAGGUCAGAAAGUGUCCGCCGAAGGAACCCCAGCGCAGAAACACUUCCUCCGGCGGGGUUCGGCACAGCUCAGCAAGGGCUGUCAUUUGCGGGGCACGCUCGACUGGCGGCGUCGGAAAGUGCGCCGGCAGGGGAUGGUGGAGUCAAGCGCUUUCAGUUGAAUCUGGAAGGUGCGCCCCGAGGGAUUCCCGGCUUAAAGGCGGCGAGGGGUGGGAUGAAUCUGGUGGGAAAGCUGCAGGUGGGGGAGGGUGGGUUGGCGGAUCAUGCGAGAGCGCCGGCAGAGUUCCAGGACGUUGGGCAGACUCGAAAAGCUGAGACCCCCAAGAAGUGGCUUUGGGAAGGUGGGGAGGAACAGGAAGCGGACGGCGAGAAGGGGAGAUGGAAGAGAGGGCUGAAAGCGGACAGCUCCGGCGAGGAAGCGCUUUUUGGAGGGCGUGGAGAGGGGGUCGCCGAUGGGACACCCUCUCACAGUGCUGAGCGGGGGAUCCCUCAAGAGGGUGAGUGGAGGCCCGGAAGAGUGGGGGACACAAUGGCUGGAGCGGCAAAGCGGGGCAAGCCGGGUUUGGUUGGCGCGGCAAAUGAUGGGUGGGGAAAGGAGAAGGCUGGGAUUGAGCCUGGGAGGAACGAGGAGCUGUCUCUAAACCCCUGGUUACGAGCAAAAUGUCGGGCUUUUUUUGCCUUCAGUGGGGGGUUCAAAACCGAGGCGCCGGAAGAGAACCCCCCUGCGGUGGAAGCGGCAACAAGAGACCUGUGGGCUCCAAGCGGUCCGACAAGCGGGGCAGCAGCUUCUCGGGGGCUUGGUCCUGCUACUGGGGGGGUUGACCAUUUGACCAGCUUGGGCCUAGGUCCCCCCUUCUCCAAGACGGGCCGUAACGGAACGCCUGCCGAUGAAGCUCCUCUUUUCUCCAGUUUGGAUCGGCACAAUUCCAAGGCCGGCCAUGCGUCCUCUGACGCAUCACGUUCCUUAACCCCGUCUGACUCCACGCCCCAGCUCGUCCUUUUCCCCCUGGAAAGUCAACACUCUGCUGAGCCCCCCAAAUCCCCUGUACGCGGCUUCGAUCUCAACCAGCCCCCCCCAGAGACAGACCUUGAGCCCCUCCCAAAGACACAGCUUGAAGGCAAGGAGAUGGUCCCGGGGGUUGGAAAGGCGACGCCAGCAGACGUCAGCGGAGGGCUUGCAGAGCGGUGA